AUGCAUCAAUAAAUCUAAAAUAUAUAAGUUUUCGAAAAGUCAACUUUCAGUAAUCAAGAUGCCAAUUUAAUUUAAUUAGAGUGGUGGAAUCCUAAUGAGAUGAAAUUUAGGGAUGUUUAAAUUCACAUCACAAUUACUUAAGAAAAUAACAUCAUUUAUUCAUCAUAGGAAGGCAUAAUUUUGAGAAAGUAUAUCAUCUUAUUUUUGUUUUUAAAGGGAAUAAAUUUAUGAUAAUCCAAAUAAUCAAGAAAUUUUGCUUAACAUGGAAUAAAUCUAACACCUUGAAUGGUUAGGUGAAUAUGGAAAGAACAAAAGAAAAUUAGGUAAAUGGGUAGCAACAUGGAAUAAAUCUCUUCUAAUAGAAGGUGGCUACUAUGUAGAUGGAUUAAAAUAAGGUUUAUGGACAUAACCAUUUACUAAUUACUUUAGGUAAAUAUCAAUAACCAAAGUAGCAAAGCUAAAGUAUUUGAAAAUGGAUAAUACUUUCAUGAUUAAAAAUAUGGAAGAUGGCAUUAUAUCUAUAAAAAUAAGAAUAUGUAUUUUAUAAUAAUAAAUUAGCGGUGGUGGAUCAUAUAACGCUUAAGGUGUGAAAUAUGGUAAAUGGUUAGAAAUAAGUGAGAAGUUCAAUGAUGAUUCUUAAUUAACUUAUUGUGGUGAAUAUAAAAAUGGUAAAAAAGUUGGUAUUUGGGCUGUAUUGUGGAACGAUGAUGACUCUUGGUAUAAUGGAGAAUAUAAAAAUAAAUUGAUGUAAAAAAUAUUAAAUAGUGAAAUCUUGGUUUAGGGGUGGUGGAUCAUAUGAUGAAGAAGGGGAUGGAAUUAAGCAAGGAAAUUGGUUAGAAGUGUCAGAUCGAUUUGAUAAUCAUACUUAAGUAACAUUUAAAGGUGAAUAUAAAAAUGGUAAAAAAGUUGGAAAUUGGCAUAUUUUCCAUAGGCAGAAUGGGAAAGGAAAAUCAAUUAUGAAAAUGUAAAUUUUCUUAAAUAAAGCAAUAUAGUGGCGGUGGAUUAUAUAAAGAGGAAGAGAUUAAGUAAGGUAUUUGGGUGGAACUCUCAGAUAGGUUUUAUGAUUUUUCAUAGGUAAAGUAUAAUGGUUAAUAUAAACAUGGGAAAAAAAUUGGUAGAUGGGAUAUUUUCUAUGUAAAAGAAAAGAUGUAAAAACAAAUUAUAAAGUAAAUAUUAUUUUAGUGGUGGUGGAUAAUAUGACGAAGAGGGUGAUGAAACUAAGUUGGGUUUUUGGGUGGAAGUUUCGGAUAGAUUUUAUUGUAAUUCUAAAGUAACCUAUCAUGGAUAAUAUAAAAAUGGGAAAAAAAUAGGUAUGUGGAAUAUUUUGUUUAAUUGGUAAGGAAAUAAAUAGAUGUAACAAAAUAUUAUGUAGUAUAUACGUUUUAGCGGUGGCGGAUUAUAUGAUAAAAGAGGUGAUGGGAUUAAGUAGGGUUAUUGGAUUGAAAUAUGGAAUGGAUUUUUUUAUUAAUCUUAAGUGACUUAUAGUGGUUAAUAUAAAAAUGAUAAAAAGGUUGGAAGAUGGGAUAUUUUGAAUGAAGGAGAUUAGAUGUAACAAAAUAUUAAGUUAAGAAUACCUUUCUUUAAGUGGUGGUGGUUCAUAUGAUGAAGAAGGCAAUGAGAUUAAAUUUGGAAGAUGGAUUGAGUUGGCAAAUGAUUUUUGGGAUUUUGGUUAAAUAACUUUUAAUGGUGAGUAUUAGGAUGGUAAAAAAGUAGGUAGAUGGGUGGAAAUGGAUUUAUAUAAGGAUGAGAAGCGCGAGAUUAUGUAUUAAUAUUGA